AUGGUGGGGGUCCCGGAAUGUUACUCAAAUGGGACCAUGACUGCCCUGAGUGUUAAGGUGGAAUCUGUCCCCAAUCUUGUUCUACAUCAACUGACCCUCAGAGACAAGUCGUGCAAACCAUAUUUCAGUGACGACCGAUUUGCACACUUCUCUUGUAAUGUAUUUCCUGUGGGACUAGUAGGUUCGAUCUAGUUCUUUGGAAACUACUUGCUCUAUGAGAAUGAUAUCUCCCUGGAUUAUUCAGCGAAGGCCUUCACGUCACCAGUUGAGCCAAACUUUAGGCACACUGUAUCUUGUUACUACUUGGUCAAUGAAACAGAAACACUGGAGUUUGACCACCAACCGUUGGUCAAUAUUCCUCCAUUGGUAAUUGGUACAGGACAGCUGAUGGUUGAAAUGAGCCUGCGGCAACCGGCUUACUUUUAGUCGGCGCUGCUGCAUUCGGCUAAUCCCCAGUUGGAGCUCAUCUUGGACAACUGCUGGGCCGCACUACAGGGGGAGCGGACCUCUCUGCCUCGUCGGGACAUUAUAGUAGACAGCUGUGAGAACCUUGAGGACCGCUACGUCACCACCUUCCACCCAGUUGUGAGUGACCAGAGGGUUGUGGUUCCCUCGCUCUGUGACUUGAAAGCUAGGGAUGGCAGCGGCAAAAGCCAGAGGCAUUAA